AUUCCCAUGCACGUGCAGGCUCGUGAUAGUUUCGCAAGCGCUCCUUCAGACAGUCGAAUAACUUCCUUCAGACACAGGAUCCUUUGCAAUCGAAAAGACAGAGAAGAGCCAUGGCCGUCCAGGAAGACGCCACCGUCGCCGCACUCCGGGACACUCUGUGCUCCGAGUCCACGCCGCUGGCAAAGCGAUUCCGUGCGCUCUUCUCCCUGAAGCACCUCGCGUCCGCCCAUCCGCCGACUGCACAGACGCUCCCGGCCAUAGCAGCCAUAGCCGCAGCCUUCUCAUCCCCGUCCGCGUUGCUCAAGCACGAGCUGGCGUACUGCCUCGGCCAGACACGCAACGAGGCCGCCGUGCCGUACUUGACAAAUGUGCUGAAGGAUCGGCAGGAGGAUCCGAUGUGCAGACACGAAGCCGCAGAGGCACUGGGCGCGCUUGGAGACGUGGGAAGCCUGCCCUUGCUCAAGGAACUGAGGGAUCGGGAGGACGAGGAGGUUGUGGUCAGAGAGACGUGCGAGAUCGCGGUUGAGAGGGUGGAGUGGGAGCACGAUGCUGAGAGACGCAAAGCGGAGAAGUUGAAGCAGAGUGACUUCGCUUCUAUAGAUCCGGCACCUCCUUUGCCACAGGAUGCGGAACGGCCGUCCAUUCCAGAGCUGGAAAAGACGCUUCUCGACACCAAGCUGCCCUUGUUCCAGCGGUACCGCGCUAUGUUUGCGCUGCGCGACCUCUCCUCUCCUCCGGAUCUUCCCACAGCCAUACCGGCCAUACAAGCCCUCGCCAAAGGCUUCACCGACCCAUCGGCGCUUUUCCGCCACGAAAUUGCAUUCGUCUUUGGACAGCUGUCACAUCCAGCGUCGAUACCCAGUCUUGUCGCCACGCUAAGCAACAAAGAGGAAGCAAGUAUGGUUCGGCACGAGGCUGCGGAAGCUUUAGGUAGCCUGGGUGAGGAGGAAGGCGUGGAGGAGGUGUUGAAACAGUUCCUGAACGACGCUGAGCAAGUGGUGAGGGAGAGCGUCAUUGUGGCUCUGGACAUGGCCGAGUAUGAGCGUAGCGGCGAGACUGAAUACGCAUUGGUUCCGGAAUCAGCGAAGCAGAUCGAGGCAUCGGCAUGAAGAUAACGAUAUAAAAGUUAGAGGAGCGUGCAUGUCCAAAAGGCGUCGUUGGUAGAUCAAUUGUUCGUGUUCCAUCUGUAGCAAUAUACCAUCAGCAUGAUACCCAA